AUGCGAAAGGAUUUGCUUGAAAUGUUUAAACCGCCAACUUCAUUUGUUGGAGAUUCACUCAAAAGAGCAAAGACAAUUAUUGAAUUUCAAUCUAUGCAUCAUCAGAGAUUGUUUAAAUGUCUGCAAGAACGAAGUACCUUGCAUCUUAAAAAAAUAUUAAAAGAAUUGGAUGAAAGAGAAGGGCGAAUAAAAUCGUUAGUAAGGGAAGGUGAUGAAUACAAGUCUGAAUUGGAAAAUACAAAGCGAACAAUUACAGAAUUGCGAAAAAGGAUCUCUGAACGCGAGAGGGAACUUCAUCGUUUAAAUCAAGUGCGUCAAUCAGCUAGCAGUCAACAGCGUAUGAGUUAUAAACGAAUGGCGAUCCAAAAUGCGAUGGACUCAAGAUAUACAACUUCUGGACUUUCAUUUUUAGGUGGAGGAGAAAGAAAUGAUUUUCAAUUAAAUAUGCAACAUGUUGGAGGAAGUACUCCUUUAAAUAAUCUUUUGCCGUCAGAUUCACGUCCAGACUUGAAUCUUCAAAAUCUUAUGAAUACUUCUACAGAAGAUGCUUCUGCCGUUGUUCGUGGAAAUAUUGGAAGAGGUUUACAAAAUACAGCAACUCUUUUGGGUAUUACAAGGUUUUUUUUAUAUUUUAAAAAAAUUUAG